AUGGCAUAUUUUCUGCCUUCAUUCCUCCAGAAGCGGCUGCUGAAAUAUGCCUUGUCGCGGCUGGGCGUUGUGGACACGGAGGCGCUGGACCUAGACAACCUGGGUAUUUGCUGGGGCCAGCGGAGUACGGUGGAACUGCGAGAUAUCGGACUAAGGUUGGAGAAACUAGCGACACUUCUCAACCUGCCUGCGACAUGCAAGCUCCUCAGUGCCCGAGUCCAGUUGCUCAGAAUCACCGUCCCUGCCGAUAUUUACAGCAGCGGAAUCAUCUGCGAAGCCAGCGGUAUCAACGUGCAUAUUCAGUUAUUAUCAGAUGAAGCAUGCCAGGGGAAGUAUGGAGCUACAAAAUACCCACCUCCAUCCGCCGCGGGGGUGCACGGGUCGGGGGAUGGACAAGUCCUGCCGACACCGUCCAAUCUGGCGGAAUCAUUUCUCGAAGCGGAGCCAAAAGAAGAAAAGGAGGAGCUGCAGGCGGCAAUAUCAUCACAGUCCCAUAUUUUGCAAAAGAGUUCGUCCUUUACAGACGAGGAAGACGAUGAACUUGGGUUGGGGAGUGAGACCUUAUCGCUACCGAGCUUUGUGGCGGGUUUCUUCAAAGGCGUGGCGGAUCGGUUACAGCUGAAGAUAAAGAAUGUGGUCGUGCGACUGGACAUGGAACUGAAGCAAGACGGUCCUUCCAAGCGACAGCCUGAGGCUAAGCCGGAUCUCGUCGCGGGGUUGUUGAGUGUAGGCGAGAUUGAUGUUCAUGGCGUGUCGGGGUUCACUGCGGGCUCCGGCGAAUCCCUGCCGAUGCGCGAAGGAAAACGGCUGGUUUCGCUCGUUGAUAUCAAUCUGGGCCUCGUAUCGGAUUCCGUUGUGUUUUCUAAUUAUGCGCGUUUUACCGCACCUGCAUCUCCCACGACUACGAUGCAUUCGAAAGAAAGUCAAUCUUCAAGCCGAGCAUUUUCGCCUCCACCCUUGGCGCCUUCUGAUUCCGAUCCAGGGCUGGCUAUGACAAGGUCAACCAUCUUUGAGCCUUCUCUUGGGUCUGGCUUUGGAAGCGCCGCAGACGAUGGCAUGGAUACGUCGAUUUUCUCCCAUGAGACAUUCUCCCAUGAUGGUCGUUUCUCAGAUGCAGACUCAGAAGCGGAGCAUCGGCAUGACAGAUACCCCGAUGAUUCUCAGACCAUAGACGAUGAUCCGUUCCACGACAACCCCGGGUAUUUGGAUUCAGUGAUCGAUACCCAAUUUGACGAUUUUGAUGAUGAACCAUCCGCAGCAACGCAGCUUCAAAUGCAGCCCAUGGAAGAGAGCGGUGACAGUUCGUACCAUCUCGGUCUUGCAUUGCGUUCUAACCCCAGACUUGGAGGGUCCACCGAUUUGGGGCACUCUGAAAUAGUUUCGUCGCAAGCUGAAAGUUUUCGUGCGCCACAAGCUUAUGGUUCACAGAGGGGAAGCCAGUUUGAUCUUGAGUCAGACAUAGCACCGCGAUCUACGAAACAGUCUCAUGGCUAUGAAGACAUUUCCACCUCUCGGCAAAGCUUUCCACAUUUCCCCUCCCAAACAUCUGCUCCGCCAUCUGAGCCUGAGAGUGCGACUUCUGAAGCGGCCACUCCUGAAGCUGAUCUGAUGGAGUCCAAGUACUUCUCACAUGACGAGGCACAAAGCUUGUAUAUGAGUGCUAUGAGCCAUGGUACUGGUAGGAGCUUCAUUCCAAACAUGCCUGGUGCAUGGGACUCAUUUAUUCCUGGCGAAGAUGCAGGGAAUCAUUCUGAGAACCACAAAGUGGGAACUGAACCGAUCCAUGAUAUACAUACCAGCCAAGAAGAGCAAGAUGAAGUCGCAGGGUCGACUCCGAAGUUGACGGUUCCAUCGGAGUCCUACUUCGGCGAGCAACGAAAGGAAAGUCAAGCUCAGUCCCAAUCUGCAAGCACAGACAGGGCGUCCACACCCUCUCCGAUUUUGCACAGGAUGAAUGAGACGAGAAAGCCUGUUCUCAAUAUUGAUAAGAUCCUGAUCUGGCUGCCAUCAACUAUCGACGACGCAGAAUCAGACUUCGCAUCGUCUAGAAUGCCUAUAGAACGGACAGAGAGUGACCCCAAGGACUUUUUGUCUGGUCUACGCGAUUCCACCGCCGAAGAAAGCAUGUUUGCCUCGAAAGCCUAUGUACCUACACGGUCUUCGAAGGGCUCGGCCGAAUACCGAGUGUCGCCUGAACGGAGCCAUCUGGACCACCAACAGGGGCACACGGAGAAUAAAUCUCAUGAACUGGAGGUGGAGCUAUGUGCGGUGACAGCUCGCUUUGACAUAGCAACUGGAUGGCUUCUGGUCAAAACAGGUCAAAGAAUAUCGCAGAUGUUCAAGGGACCUGAGAAAGCUCAAACCCAAAAGCAGACCUUACCUAACCAACCUUCCCAGCAAACAGCUCUCAAGCUUGAUGUACACAACCUUUCUGUCAAGUUCAUAGAGCAUGUAGUGGGGCAUUCUUACCCCCAAGUGGACUCCCCACCCCCUCCGCCACCACCCUUCACUUCUAUGGAAGACAUCAUUCUUCAGGUUACUGCCUCUGGUCUCCGAACUUAUCUCUCCGCAAAUGAAAAGCGCACUAAUCUUCACCUCGACAUUUCGAAACUCACAUUUGGAUUUGCUUCCGAGGAUCUCAUCUCAUUCAAUGAGUCUUUGAGAAUGCGCGAAUCUUCUCGGGACAUUAUGACACCUUCUCAAGGUGACAUCUCGUUCUCAUUGACGAAAUCGGUCGAGUCUGCCAAGCUUGAUAUAUCUACUCUCCCUCUUCAUGUCAAUCUCCAUAUCCAACGUCUGGAGGAGGUCCUGGGAUGGAUGGGCGGCUUGAGUACAAUUCUAGAGCUUGGAAAUUCUAUUUCCUCUACCUCGGCUAUGAAAGGGGCACAACGGCCGCCCAAGAAGCGCCCACGGGGUGUACACUUCGAGACACCACCUCCAGCUGCUGGUAAAGACCAGAAAGCCUCUGUCCCAUGGAAAGUGAAUGCUCGGAUGGGCGGUUUCGUACUCGAUGUCACUGGCGAGACACAUUACCUCAAGCUCAGUACGACCGCAAUCAAGAUUGUCAGCAGAUUCGAGGGCAUUGGUGUUCAGAUUGACAAGGCGAGACUGAGUGGACCACACCCACUCGACGAGUUAUCUGAUGCGCCUGCAAAGGUGACGUUGACCAAUAUCAGAGUGGAAUUCCUGUUCUCGCCCAAAGAAGUGGAUCUUGAUCGCCUUUUGACCUUGAUCACACCGUCCAAGGACAAAUAUGACGAUGACGAUGAUAUCAUGCUCGACACUCUGCUGCGACAGCGCAGACAGGGAUCUGUUCUUCGCGUUACAGUAGCGGGGAUGAAGACUGUCAUUUCCAACACCGUUGGGCUGGCUCCUCUGUCUUCCCUUGGAUCUGAGUUAGGCCGCUUGUCAAAUGUGACGAAAUACUUGCCAGAAGAUGAUCGCCCUGGAAUUCUCACUCUGACGCUUGUACGGGAAUUUGAAACUCAAGUACAUCUUGGAGGAGAGGCUGGCGAUAUCAAUGGACAUUUCACAAAUGUCGAGGUAGCCUGGAUUAGCAUGCCCUCGCUCACUGCUACGCAGAUUGGGACGGUAACCAUCACCCGGAACCACAAGGAAGAGCUGGCUGGAGAGGCCUUAGUGUCAAGCAAAGAGAAAAUCCCUAUUGCACCACACCCGCCUGUCCUCAUGGCUCGCUACAUCCCUGAUGAAAUGGACCCCACCUUCAAGAUUAAAUUACACCACUUGCGUGUCGAAUAUACGAUUCCAUCGGUCAUGGCAUUCCUAGGGCUCGGUCAGGACACAACAGGCGGGGAGUUGGCAGGCAAGAUGGCAAACUCCAUCGCUAAUCUCGCGGAUCACUCUGAUCGAGCUACUGGGGUCUCGGCUUUCUCUCCGUCCCGAUCAGAUGCUUCAGGAGCAUCAAGCAAGCCAACGAAGUUAGCCGUCGUAUUUAGAGACUGCGUGCUUGGGCUCAACCCGCGCAACUCUCCUUCCAAGGGACUCGUGGUACUCACGAACUCCAAAUUCAAUGGCACUUUACAUGGUGAUGAGUCCACGGAAGCCACACUGGACAUCAGAAAAGCGUCAAUCAUGAUCAUUGACAACGUGGCAAAUGUGGGUAACACUGAUAACCUCCAUCAACGUACUUCUGCAGUCACCCAGAGCGAUCAGGUUCAAGAGUACAUCGAAAAGGGAUACGUCCCUGUCUCUUCCAUAUCUACUGCGACGGUAGUAGUCAAAAUGAUGCGUCUCGCCGAGGAUGGGGCCAAAUCCCUAGACGUUGAAUUGAAGAACCGUCUCCUGAUACUGGAGACGUGUGCAGACUCAACCCAGACGCUCAUCGGUAUUCUCAAUGGCCUUCAACCCCCAACGCCUCCCAGUGUCACUGCCAAGUACCGCACCGAGGUCACGCCAAUUCAGGAUAUGCUUGCCUCGUUUUCUGGGGAUGCCUUUAAUGCUGAUCCUUCUUUGGGCGAGAAAGUUGACCCUGUAAUCAAUCUUGGCGGAAUUCCCGAAGAGGAGGAGCAUGAGGAUGACGAGCUUGAGUAUGUCAGCGAUUUCUACCCCAAGCAGCAGGAAGGGCCCAUCGGCUAUGAGAAUAUUGAGCCAACAGCUGUGGGUGGUAAUCAGGGUCUUCUGGACAGUUUCCAUUCUCAUGUCUCGUCAAGCCUCACUGAGCUCGACUUCCAAGAUGACCAUUUUGCGAAACAGUCUGCUGUCGGGGGCACUGCACAUCGGUGGGACUCGUCGUACAACACCUACGGCCUCUCGAACGAUGCAAAGCUCCAGAAGAGCCCUCUCCGUGUAAGAGUGCGGGAUGUGCAUGUGAUCUGGAAUUUGUUCGAUGGCUACGACUGGCAGGGAACCCGAGACACCAUCUCUAAAGCAGUCGAAGACGUCGAAGUCAAGGCUACUGAGCGGCGUGCCCGAACCUCCCGCAUGUCUCCCGCAGCCGAGGAUGAAGAGGAAUCUGUCAUUGGCGAUUUUCUCUUUAACUCGAUCUAUAUCGGGAUCCCUGCCAAUAAAGACCCGCGGGAGCUCCACCGCGACAUCAAUCGCGACAUCAAUGACCUUGCAAGCGAGACGGGUAGUUAUGCCACGUCAACUACCGUUACUGGCGCUACCAAUCGACAGGGUCGACCUGCAUCGGGAAGGGAGAAGAGGCUUCGCCUACAUCGCAGCAAACACCACAAGAUGACAUUCGAGUUAUCCGGUGUUUGUGCGGACUUGGUUGUGUUCCCGUCGGGCUCGGGAGAGACCCAAAGCUCCUUGGAUGUUCGGGUGAAGGAUUUAGAAAUCUAUGACCAUGUGCCUACGUCGACAUGGAAGAAAUUUGCGACAUAUCUGCAUGAGGCGGGAGAGCGAGAGAGUGGAACGAGCAUGAUUCAUCUGGAGAUUUUGACCGUGAAGCCCAUACCGGAGCUUGCGGCAUCUGAAAUUGUUUUGAAGGCCACCGUUCUACCCCUUCGACUACAUGUUGACCAGGAUGCACUGGACUUCAUGAGUCGAUUCUUCGAGUUCCGAGAUGCAUCUGUCGAGGCCUCCAGCACCCCCGGAGAUGUCCCGUUCCUGCAGCGUGUCGAAGUCAAUGCCGUACAAGUCAAGCUAGACUUCAAACCCAAGCGAGUGGACUAUGCCGGGCUCCGAUCCGGUCGCACAACCGAGUUUAUGAAUUUCUUCGUUCUGGAUGGGUCUGACAUGGUGCUACGGCAUGUCAUCAUCUACGGCGUGUCCGGGUUUGACCGGCUGGGUAACACCCUGAAUGACAUCUGGAUGCCGGAUGUCAAGAGCAACCAGCUUCCUGGCGUGCUGGCCGGCCUUGCGCCUAUCCGCUCUUUGGUCAAUGUAGGUGGUGGUGUACGACAGCUAUUUGUCGUUCCGAUGCGCGAGUACAAGAAAGAUGGCCGGAUCGUGCGUAGCAUCCAGAAGGGCGCGGCAGCAUUUGCCAAGACGACAUCCAACGAGCUUGUUAGACUGGGUGCCAAACUGGCCAUCGGCACACAAACCGUCCUGCAGGGCGCGGAAGACCUGCUAACCUCUCCGAAUGGCCCAUCCACCGCUUUCGAGGAAGACCGCGGCGACGAGGAGGAAACCAAGAAAAUUUCACUCUAUGCCGAUCAGCCGAUCGGCGUCGUCCAGGGUCUGCGGGGCGCCUUCAGUGGCCUCGAGCGUGAUCUCCUCCUUGCACGCGAUGCGAUCGUCGCGGUGCCUGGCGAGGUCGUUGAAAGCGGCAGCGCAAGGGAUGCGGCCAAAGCAGUGUUGAGGCGCGCACCGACGGUCAUUCUUCGGCCAGCAAUUGGAGUCUCUAAGGCCGUCGGACAGACGCUUUUGGGGGCCGGGAACACGUUGGACCCGAGUAAUCGGCGCCGAAUGGAAGAUAAAUAUAAACGUCACUGA